AUAAUACUAUUCCAAAUUUUUCAACACAAAAGAUUGAAACCAAAUGGUGAACAAAUGACGUCACUGACCUAAGUAGACAAAGCAUGUACUAAUAAAAAGUAGUUGGUGUUGUAAUAGUUAGGUGAUGACCGUUAGGUUUAACACCUAAGUUUCCAAAUUUUCCCGGGAGACAAGAAGAUUCAAAACACAAAGCAGAGAGAGAGAGAGAGAGAGAGUGAAAUAUCAAUGGAAAAAUGAAGGAAGAGGAGAGAGUUGGUUCGUCGUCGUCUUCUUCGUCUUCUCUUCCUGUGAGCUACGGAGUUGACUGCGAAAAAUACGACUUCUCUUCCUCUGUCUCUUCUCUGUCUCAACCAUUUUCUCCUGAAGGUUCAAGCAACAAGAGUCAAGUUCUUGAAAACAAUUUUUCCUUUGUUUUUUCGUUGGACCAUAACAACACUAUCCUCAUGUUUCCUAGAGAUAGACCAUGUUCUUGUCUCCACCAUGUCUUCGAGUGGAUACUACAAAGAUGUUGUGGCUGCCUUUGUUAGCUUCCCUUAUUCCUCUUUCAGACUUAAACCAUCGUAUCUUGUGGCAGGUCCGAUAACUCUAGAGGCUUAUUUAAACUGUGGUCUUCAUGCUAUAAAGUAUAUUUGUGUGAAUUUGUACAAUUGUGUUUCUUUUGAUUUUCUUUAAGGCACAAUAUAUUGAUUUAGCUCUAUAUCAAAUUUUGUGUU